GCCUGAAACGUAGCGUAAUCUCUGUAGGUUCCCUUUUCCAUGAUCGUCGCACAUGAGGAGCAUGCCCUAAUCAUCAUAGUGGAUUGACAAGCUGCAUGCGACUGAAGGAUGUUCACAAUUUAUACACGACUUUCUGGACCUCAUAUCAGACACGAUGCUCCGCAUUCGUUCCGAAAAACGUCAUAAAUGCGAGGAUAUUGUCAGGAAAUUAGACGCCUUGUGUAACAAGUGCGAGGACGAAGUGUAUUGCUCUAAGAGCAGCCCCUGUGUGCGCAAGAAAAAGAGAAACGACUCCGACCCUCCUCAACCUUAUGAUAUAGACACCAUACAAAUGGCGGACUGAUCUCUGGCCUUUUCCUCCUGGGGCUCGCUGGGCGUUUUGAAAUAUUAGAAGAAGGCGGACUCGAGGAUUUUCCUGGUGGAGAUCGGCUGGCUAGUGCUUACGCCAACUACUUAGAAUGAUGCUAGGUGAGGGCUAGGAAGUGGAGGAUGGAUAUUUCUUAUGUCAAGUUAUACUCUAGCUAUGUCUGUCUUCUCAGAGAGGUACUCUAGACAUCUAAUGCGCCACUGAUGCACACCGCUCUAUAUUCUUAGGUAGUUAUGCUAUAUCCUAUUGACGCAAAAGCGCCCAUUGUCACUAUAAUCAUCAUCAAAGGAAA